CGCCGGCUCCCUCCCGGUCCCCGCCUCGGCCCCGGGCUCCGAAGAGGCUCGGGGCGCCCUCUGGGUGGCGUCGUUGUCUCCCCCGCCCCGGCCCAGCCCCUGGGGACCCAGGCUCGCCAGCGCCCAGCCGGGGAGCCGGCCGGGAAGCGCGAUGGGCGCCCCCUCGGCCCUGCCCCUGCUCCUGCUCGUCGCCUGCUGCGGGGCACCCGGCGGGGCCAACCUCUCCCAGGACGGCUACUGGCAGGAGCAGGAUUUGGAGCUGGGAACUCUGGCCCCCCUGGACGAGGGCAUCAGCUCCACAGUCUGGAGCAGUCCUGACAUGCUGGCUAGUCAAGACAGCCAGCCUUGGACAUCAGAUGAGACGGUGGUGGCUGGCGGCACCGUGGUGCUCAAGUGCCAAGUGAAAGAUCAUGAGGACUCAUCCCUGCAGUGGUCUAACCCUGCCCAGCAGACUCUCUACUUCGGGGAGAAGCGAGCCCUUCGAGACAAUCGGAUUCAGCUGGUUAGAUCCACGCCCCAUGAGCUCAGCAUCAGCAUCAGCAAUGUGGCUCUGGCCGACGAGGGCGAGUACACCUGCUCCAUCUUCACGAUGCCCGUGAGGACCGCCAAGUCCCUCGUCACCGUGCUCGGAAUCCCACAGAAACCCACAAUCACUGGCUACAAGUCAUCACUACGGGAAAUGGAGACAACCACCCUCAACUGUCAGUCUUCGGGAAGCAAACCUGCAGCCCAGCUGACCUGGAGGAUGGGAGACCAAGAGCUCCCUGGAGAAUCAACCCAAAUACAGGAAGAUUCCAAUGGUAAAACCUUCACUGUGAGCAGCUCCGUGACGUUCCAGGUUACCCGGGAGGAUGAUGGGGCAGACAUCAUAUGCUCUGUGAACCAUGAGUCUCUAAAGGGAGCUGACAGAUCCACCUCUCAACGCAUCGAAGUUUUAUACACACCAACGGCGAAGAUUAGGCCAGACCCUCCACACCCCCGCGAGGGCCAGAAGCUGUUGCUACACUGCGAGGGUCGCGGCAAUCCUGCGCCCCAGCAGUACCUGUGGGAGAAGGAAGGCAGUGUGCCACCCAUAAAGAUGACCCAGGAGAGUGCCCUGAUCUUCCCCUUCCUCAACAAGAGUGACAGUGGCACCUACGGCUGCACGGCCACCAGCAACAUGGGCAGCUACAAGGCCUACUACACACUCAAUGUGAAUGGCUUCCUCCCAGGUCUGACUGUGCGCCCCCCGCCCCCAGACCCCAGUCCGGUGCCCUCGUCCUCCGGCACCUACCACGCCGUCAUCGGUGGGAUCGUGGCUUUCAUCGUAUUCCUGCUGCUCAUCCUCCUCAUCUUCCUCGGCCACUACCUGAUCCGGCACAAAGGAACGUACCUGACGCACGAGGCCAAAGGCUCGGAUGAUGCCCCGGACGCAGACACGGCCAUCAUCAACGCAGAAGGCGGGCAGUCGGGUGGGGACGACAAGAAGGAGUAUUUCAUCUAGGGGCACCCCCACCACCACCUCCUGUGCCCCCAGGGGCCCCGAGGGGACUGCUGGGGCCAUCACUAACCUGGACUUGUACAGAGCGACCCCAGGGCCGCCCCUCCCGCUUGCUCCCCGGCCCCCCACCCCCCUGUACAGAAUGUCUGCUUUGGGUGCGGUUUUGUACUCGGUUUGGAUCGGGGAGGGAGGCGGGCGGGUGGGGGAGGGAGGGUUGCCCCCAGCCCUUUCCGUGGCUUCUCUGCGUUUGGGUUAUUAUUAUUUUUGUAACAAUCCCAAAUCAAAUCCGUCUCCAGGCUGGAGGGGCAGGGGCCCUGGGGUGAGGAAAGGAAAAGCAGCUGGAGCGUUAGGAGGACGACGUGGUGGAGGGGCAAAGGAGGGGACGGGCGGCGCGGGGCUGGACUGGGGGGCUCCCACCAGCCCGCCAGCCCUACAACAGGCGACUCCCAGACUCGUCUGGGAAGGGGGAGGUUGGGAGCAGGAGCCGGAUGGGCUUUUCCUCUGUAGCCACACACCGUGAGCUCUGGACAGAGAAGCAGGUGUCACCCUGACAUCCGUCCUCUACCACGAUGGGCAAGGCGGGCGGGGGCCCCUGAGGAGAUGGGACCUGCAGAUGUCAUGCAGCCGUGCAGAAAGCCGGGGCUUGCACAUGGAGAGGAUGUGGGCCCCCUGCAAGGAUUCCGAGAGGAAGGAGAGCAGAGACGGCGCCGGCUACGCCUUGCCCCACAGUGAAUGAAGCCAGGCCCCUUUCACAGGAACCUCCCGGGAGGGGGAUAGCAGAGCAAGGUGCCCCUCCUUGCUGCAGCAGCUGUGGGAGAGGCGCUGCUCCACACCCGGGGGCCCCUCACCCCAACCAAGUCCUGGACUGUUUGUUGCACGGCAACCACUCUUCUUCUGGCAUUGCUCAGCAACUGCUCCUCCCGUCUUGUGCCACCCUGCGCCCCUUCCCGGUCCCUGAGCCACCCUGAGGCCCUCCUCCCUCAGCAGCCAGGCAGACAUAACAACAAAAAUACUAAAAGGAGCUUCACUGCA